GUGUACGCAGAAUACUUUUGUGGAAACAACUAACUAGACGUCUUCACGAAGGAAUACAUUUGCAGGGAGGGUGAAGAGGAACCUCCCUUAGGAUACACUAAAGUCUGGUGACCCGGGGACUCCUGCAACGUGGGACAUAGGAGCUUGGAUCUUAUUAGACGAAGGAGGUGUUGAACUGCAAUAAUGAAUCAAACGGACAAAAAUCAACAGGAAGUCCCAUCGUACCUUCAUGAUGAACCACCAGAAGGUUCGUUAAAAGACCACCCGCAGCAGCAGCCUGGCAUGCUUUCUCGUGUGACCGGUGGCCUCUUCAGUGUCACGAAAGGAGCUGUUGGUGCCACAAUUGGGGGUGUUGCUUGGAUUGGAGGGAAGAGUUUGGAAAUUACCAAAACAGCGGUCACAUCUGUGCCUUCAAUGGGAGUGGGGCUAGUCAAAGGAAGUGUUUCUGCUGUGGCUGGAGGUGUUACAGCUGUAGGAUCUGCUGUUGCAAGUAAAGUGCCUUUAACAGGAAAGAAAAAGGAUAAGUCUGACUAAAACCAAAACUGAGACAUACUUGAUCCUCCAGAGUAUUACAUCAGUGGCAUUAAAAUCUGCUGAUUUGGACCGUGAGAAGCCAUGUGUCUUAGACACUUUAUCUUCUAAAGAGCUGUGCAAGUAACUAUUUCAUCUGAAAAGGACAGAAGAAGCUUGGCUAGCACAGAGUAUGAAGAUUUACUAGAGCCUAGAUUGAAGCCUUGUAUCUGGUGAAAUGUUACACUUGAUAACUAUAGAAGUGAGUGAGUGUAUCUGAAGGGAUAAUACAUAUUUGGAUAUUCAUUUACUGUAAGUCUCUUGCAGUUUUGGACUAAAAUGUGAACGUAGAAACUUGGUAAUCUCUGCCGUACCAUCGCUAUGAUGAGAUGCCAUUUACUGUUCUCAGUGGUUUCCACAUCCUCCUCCUAAGGAUCCUUCAGCUGUGGAACAGCAUUGUUGGACGUACCCAGGUAGUUUUGGUCAUGAAACUGUAUGUGCAGGCAGCCUGUAAACUAUCGAUGACUGCGUUCUCCCAGUGCAGACUGGAGCAAAUAGAACUGGAGGUGUGCAGAAAUUGGAAAUGAGAGUGGGAGAUAGAAGUGAGGAGGUUUGACAACAUGGCAGAAGGGAUCAUAAAGAGUAAACUAAUUUAAUGCCUUAUUAGAAAAAAUACCUUUUUACUAGGUGAAGCUGUGUAAAGAACUGUCCUGUCGUUUCGGUGCAGUUCACAGAAUGAGCUUUAGACUCUCUUUACAAAUCCCAGUACCUGAAACCUUGUCAAU